AUGUUUUUUGAUUUUGUGGGGAUCCUCCAACGUGACGCGCCGCCGAUGUCAGUGGCAGGCGAGCCCAUUGUUGGUGCGGCAAAACACCAGCAGCAGCAGCAGCAGCAGCAAGCCCAGCCCGCGGGCCAGCCGCCGCAGCCGCCCGACUUUGACGUAGAGCAGACGACCCAGCUGAUGGCGGCGCAGCUGAUCGCCCAAUUCAAAGUGACCGAGGCCCUCAUAAAGGCGCUGCCCCAGGAGGCGGCCCCCCCUGCCGCCCACUCGGACCGCAUAAGGGCGCUGCAGCAAGAGCACGCCGAAGUCAGCGCCCAGCUGGACGCCGCCGCCCGGGAAGCUGAGGAGCAGCUGGCCGAGCUGCAGCGGCUCUUCGCCGUUCUGGCCGGCCAGCGGCUGCGGGACGCGCAGAAUGGUCUUGUGCUGCCACCGCUGCCGCCGGCCGGGUGA